AGCUGAGGAGAGUGGUGGUACAACAGUUCCAAAGGCUAAAAAAACAAACGGCAGGAAGUCUAGUGCUUAUUUACAAAUGCUUUACCCAACUGUAUUACUGAUUCUUCAGGCGAUGUGCUGCAUGGGUGCUUCCAUACUUUCACCAGCGAUGGAGAACGGCAAGACGACAGAGCAGCACGUUGCUCAAGAAAGUUGUUUAUUUUUGCAAGAAUCAAGUCAUGAAGAAUGUCCUUUUUUCUGGGCGGAUGGACAACCACCCGUCAUUUUGAUUUCUCUAGACGGGUUUCGGGCUGAGUAUUUAUCAAGGUUUGCACUGGAAAACACAGAGCAUCGCGGUGAAUUUGCAGCUGCGACAAUCAGGUGUUUGGCUGAACGGGGAGUAUCGUCUCCUUACAUGAUGCCUUCGUACCCAACAAUUACCUUCCCAAACCACUACGCCAUCGUAACCGGUUUAUACCCAGAAUCGCACGGAAUCAUUGGUAACCAGUUCUACGAUCCGGAUUUGAAGGCUACAUUCAGCAUUAAUACGGAAGGAACUGAUCCAAAAUGGUGGCAAAAUGGAGAGCCAAUUUGGACGACUGUGAGAAGACAGGGAAAAGUAUCCGCCACUUAUUUUUGGCCGGGCUCGGACGUUAAGUUUUCCGAAGAAGAACAACGUUCACCGAAUUACUUUUUCAGAUACAACAAAACCACUAGUUUCCGACAGCGCGUUGAUCAAGUUUUGGAAUGGAUGGAUCUGCCUGCUGGUAAACGACCAGCACUGACUACACUCUACUUUGAGGAACCUGACUCAACUGGCCACAAGGCAGGCCCGAAUACAGCAAAUGUUACCGAAAAAGUAACAGUAGUUGACCGCCAAAUACGAAGACUAAUCGACGGGCUAGUUGCACGCAACAUUGCCAACUGUGUGAACAUAAUAAUAGUUUCUGAUCACGGAAUGGCUGACUCACCUCCGGGCAAACAGCUAGUAGAUUUGGAAACGUACGUCCCUGAUAUACAGCAAUCUACUUUGACGUUUUUGGGUCCAGUCACGUCGAUCCGUCCUUUAAAUGAGACGCAAGAAGAGGAAGAUCGAAUUGGCGAGGCCUUAUCAUGCAAAGAUUCUCACAUGCGCGUUUUCAACAAAUGGGAACUUCCUUAUCGAAUGCAUUCGGUUCGUUCGCGGCGAAUUCCGAACCUUAUGGUUGACAUGGAUCUCGGCUGGCGAGGGGUUAUCAAGCAAGAGGCAUGGUCGGGAGGCGGGGCUCACGGUUGGGACAAUGUCUUUCUCGACAUGCAGGCAAUUUUUCUUGCUCACGGUCCCUCUUUCAAGAAUCAAGAAGUUGUCCGUCCUUUUGAAAACAUUCAACUUUACAAUCUCAUUUGUCACCUGGUUAACGUCACUCCGUCUGAAAACAACGGUACUUGGGGAGCCCUUCAUCACCUCUUGAUCGAUCCGCCAACAUUACCUGUGGACGCAGAUCAGGAAUUCCCCGAUAUGCCGUCAAUUCUUCGUAAACUUGCCGACAACAGGGAAGAAACAUACAAACCGUCCGCUUGUGCUUACGUGAAUCACCAAGAAACGAGGAAAACAAGUCUUGCAAUGGAAAUAGAAAUGAAAAUGACCGAGGAGCGAGAAAAUGAACUUUUCAUCCUUCACGCUCCUCUUGGGAUUCCAGUCGUUUUCCCCAUAGAACCUUCUAAGUCGAAUGUGUCCAGUGAUCCUAAUCACGUUCUGCUGGUGAACGAAGAUUAUUUGACAGGAUUUGACGUGGAAGUCGGCAUCCCCUUAUGGACAGUUUACACCAUUCCAGGCAAUACAACAAACAAUAUCAACGAUGGCUACUGGAUUGAAGACCCACGCCUCGACCAAAACCACACGGGAAGUUGCCAACGUCUGAGUAACAUCGUCCGCAGGAAUGAAGUUGCCUAUACUCACUUGUUUCCGAAAGAAUUCGCUACACAAAAUGUGGACGCCUGGCUUGAUACUAACCUUUUGGAAGUGCCAUCAGGCAUUUCCCACAUUAUUGAGACAAUGACAAACAUGUUGGCUGAAGCAUCAAUUAGCCGUGGCCCAUUGAACGUCAUCAGCGGCCCAACACGUCAUCGCCCUGCUUCCAUUUUCUACGUUGUCACCGCUUGCAAGAUGGACGGCACCGUUGGCGAAUGGAACCAUACCACAUGUCCUGCUGAGUACAGAGAUUUACAGGCAUUCCUACUGCCAAUUGGGAGAUGGAAAUACCAAAGUCCAUGCACAUCGGAUAGAAAUUUUAUCGCCUACAACGUGGCCAGUCUCAAAGAUGUGGAACAGGUUACUGGUUUCCAGUUUUUCCCCGACCUACCUUUGGAGGACAAACUCAGCUUGUUAGCUAGAACUACACUUGAUUCUGCUUUGGUACUUGACCCUACGAGAUACUAAGGAAUCUUUAAAGAGUCCGAAGAAAUUUCACGAUGUAAUUCGUGCAUACGCUAAUGCUAAUCUUUGUUUGUGAGUUCCAAGUGCAGAAGAUGUUUAGAAUACGGGAUGUUUUAUG